CUGGUCGUCACCAUGCUGCUGCUGUCCGGCAUGCUGUCGCUCGUGCUGUGCUCGGCGCUCGCGGGGCUCCAGCACCGGCAGGCCGCGCAGCGCAGGGAACGCUCCGCCUGCCUCUACCAGACGUGUCACGCAACCAAGCCCGGCCUCCUGAACGUGCACAUCGUGAGCCACACCCACGACGACCUCGGAUGGGUGCACACCGUGGACUUCUACUACGACCACUACGUGCGGACGAUCCUGGACUCCGUGGUGCGCGAGCUGCAGGCCAACCCGGAGCGGCGCUUCACGUACGUCGAGAUGGGCUUCUUCAGCCGCUGGUGGGACGACCAGUCGGCCGACACCCGGCAGCUGGUCAGGGAACUCGUCGACGCCGGUCGCCUGGAGUUCACGAGCGGCGGCUGGUCGAUGAACGACGAGGCGACGACCCACUACUCGGCCACCGUGGACGAGAUGACGCUGGGCAUGCGCUGGCUCAACGACACACUGGGCCAGUGCGCCAGGCCCCGGGUCGCCUGGCAGAUCGACCCCUUCGGACACGCCAGGGAGGAGGCCGCACUCUUCGGCAUGAUGGGCUUUGACGGUCAGUUCCUAGGCCGGAUCCACCUGGACGACAAGAAGUGGCGCCAGGACAACAAGCUCAUGGAGUUCCUCUGGAGGGCGAACAAGUACCUCGGCGAGAAGGGCGACCUGUUCACGGGAGUCCUUCCCAACGUGUACUGGCCGCCCCACGGCUUCUGCUUCGACAUGUACUGCGCCGACGAGACCGUCCGCGAGUUCAACGGACCCCGGAGAGCCAAGGAGUUUAUUGAAAUAGUCACGCAACAGGCCAAGUACUACGCCACGAACCACACAGUCGUCACCAUGGGCAUGGAUUUUCACUACAAAGACGCGGCCAAGUGGUUCGAUAGCCUGGACAACCUUAUCUACUACGUGAACGCCCUGCAGCAGAGCGAGGGUAGCCCGGUGCACGUGCUGUACUCGACGCCGGCGUGCUACCUGAAGGCGCUGCACGAGAGCUCUCGGCGCUGGCCCGAGUACGACGACGACUUUUUCCCGUACGCCGACAGCGAGCACGCCUACUGGACCGGAUACUACUCCAGCAGGCCAAACUUCAAGUUCUUCGCGCGAAAGGCGAACGGAUUCCUCCAGGCAUGCAAGCAGCUCAAGGUCAUCGGUAACGUGAUCGACGGAGACACCGAAACACUGUCAAGAGCGGUAGGAGUGAUGCAGCAUCACGAUGCCAUUUCUGGCACCGAGAAGCAGCACGUGGUCGAGGACUACGCUCAUAUGACGUACCUGGGCAUCAGGCAGUGCGAGGCGGUGGUGAGUCGUGCGUACCGCAAGCUGCUCUUCCCACCGGGCUUCUCGGCAGCACUGAACCUGAGCUUCUGUCCCCUCCUCAACCUGAGCAGCUGCCCAAUCACCGAGAGCGCCGACGAGUUCCUGAUGUUCGCGUACAACCCGCUGUCGACCGCUGUGGCCACCUACGCCCGCUUUCCGGUCUCGGGUGAUGGCUACGAAGUCUGGAAGCUGCCCGGAACCCUUGUCGAAGCACAGAUGGUUCCCGUCUCGGAGAAGGUGCUCAGGAUCCCCGAGCGCGGAGCCCGGUCCAAGUCGAGGAAGGAGAUCGUGUUCCCGAUCUCCCUGCCCCCGCUGGGAGUCACCACGUACCUGCUCAAGAAAUACGCGGGAUAUCUCCCACGUGACAGCGAGGACAGCGCGGUCUACAAUGGCGGCAGUGAAGCACCAGCCAUCGACAACGGCAAGUACCGGCUGUUCGUGGACCCGGUGACGGGGCUGCUGGAGCGCGUGCUGGUGCUGUCCACGAGCCAGGAGAUCCCGUUCCGGCAGUCGAUCUUCAUGUACCGCGCCUACGAAGGCCUCUCCGAGAAGCCGUCGGGCGCCUACUCCUUCAACCCGGCCACGGAGGAGCCCCUGGACCUCGGCGGCAGCGUCAACUACUCUCUCGUCAAGGGGCCGCUGGUGCAGGAGAUCCACCAGUCCUUCAGUCGGUGGGUGUCCCAGGUGAUCCGUCUCUACAAGGACCAGGACCUCAUCGAGUUCGAGUGGGUCGUGGGCCCCAUCCCUUUCUACGACACCCGAGGCCUCGGAACGGGCAAAGAGAUCGUGUCCAGGUUCCAGACUUCCAUCCCGAGCAACAGAACCUUCUACACAGACUCCAACGGCCGGCAAACCGUCCGCAGAGUGAGGAACGUUCAGAGACCGUGGACAAAGAACAUCACGGAGCCCACGUCAUCCAACUACUAUCCAGUUGUCUCUUGGAUUUACCUCAAGAGCGACGUUCACAACCUGCAGAUGACGGUGUUUCCAGACAGACCCCAGGGAGGAACCAGCUUGCACAACGGCGAGAUCGAACUCAUGCUCCAUCGGCGGCUGCAGUACGACGACUCGUUCGGCGUGGAGGAGCCCCUGAACGAGAUGGGCGUGGACAGCGAGGGCCUGAUCGCCAAAGGAAAGCACCUGGUGUUCCUGGGCUCGGUCGCAGAGUCCCAGCGCAAGCUGCGUACCGUCGGGAACUCCCUGGUCUACGCGCCGCUCUACGCCUUUCAGGACGAACCCGCUGAGGUCCCCAUCUCGACGGUGAGCGGCCUGGACUGCCCGCUGCCGGCCAACGUGCACCUGCUCAGCCUGGAGCCGGUGCGCGAGGACCAGUUCAUCCUACGGCUGGAGCACCUGUACCCGGGAGUUCUAGACGAGGAACUCAGGAGACCGGCUACCGUGUCACUCAAGCACCUGUUCAAGGCGUACGUGGUGACAAACGUGGAGGAGACCGUGCUGUCGGCGAACCAGUUCCUCCGGGGCUCGAAGCGACUCCGGUUCGACACGCUGGACUCCGUGUCGACGUCGGUGCCCGAAGUAGACAUGUCCGGCGCCGCGACGAACGGCACCGGCGGCGGCGGUGACGACGGCAGCGCCGAGACGGACGACAUAGACAGCAGACUGUUCACCGUCACGCUCCGUCCGGCGGACAUCCGGACGUUCUUGGUGACCGUCGCGCCGAGGUACAGAUUCGAGCCCCAGUUCAGGAGGGGCCGUGUGUGAAAGGGACC